AUGUCGACCGACUAUGAAACCUACCAGCUAGGCGACUUCUGCCUCCAAAGCGGUAAAACCAUCCCCGACGCCUUCAUCGCCUACAAGACGUUCGGAUCCCCAUCCAACCCCGCAGUGCUCUACCCGUCAUGGUACUCAGGCCUGAUCUCGGACAACGAGUGGCUGAUUGGGAGCGACAAAACCCUCAACCCAGACAAGUACUUCAUCAUCAUCACCGCCCUGUUCGGCAACGGCCAGAGCACCAGCCCGAGCAAUUCGCCCGACAUGGUACCCUUCCCGGACGUGACCUUCUACGACAACGUCAAGGCCCAGCACCGUCUCCUGACGGAGAAGUUGGGCGUGAGACACCUCCGCGCCGUGCUGGGGUGGUCCAUGGGCGCGGCCCAGACCUUCCAGUGGGCCACCCAGUUCCCGGACUUCCUGGACAUCGCGGUCCCGUUCUGCGGCUCAGCGCGCACGUCCAUCCACAACCAGGUCUUCCUCGAGGGCGUCAAGUCGGCGCUGUUGGCCGCCAAGCGCGUCUCCAGCCGGGGCAGUACAUUCGGCCGAGUCGAGCCCGACAAGGGCGACGCCGCGGCCACGAAGAAAAGCAGGACCUGGACAGACGAGGAGCGGACCGUCGGGCUAAAGGCCUUCGGUAGGGGUUACGCGGGCUGGGGCUUCAGCCAGGCCUUCUACCGAGAGAAGCUGCACGAGAAGGCAUACGGCGCCAAAUCCCUCGAAGACUUCAUGACCUCCUUCUGGGAAGCCUGGGCCCUGUCCAAGGACCCCGAGAACCUACUCGUCAUGCUGCACACCUGGCAGGCCGGCGACGUGAGCAAGCAGGACCCCUACAACGGCGACUUCGAGACCGCCAUGGCGAGCAUCAAGGCCAAGACGCUCGUCCUGCCGAGUAAAACCGAUUUGUAUUUUCCCCCCGAAGACUCAGAGUACGAAGUGCAGAACAUGGCGCCCGGGGUCGGCCGACUCGACGUCUACCCGUCCAUCUGGGGCCACUGGGCCGGCGGGCCACCGGGGAACAUGGACGACGUCAAGUGGUUGGACGAGCGACUGGCCAAGAUGUUCGCCGAGGCGCCACGUCGUGACGAGGUAGCGGGCGUGACGGAAGGGUUGAAGCAGGCGGAGCUUUGA